AUGGAUCGAGAGACUAUCGUUGCUGCCUCGCGCAAGCACGACGUUGUGCCUCUCGAGGGAGGCAAGUACUACACGUAUGGUACUGCCGGCUUCCGCAUGAACUCGGAUCUCCUCGACGGCAUCACCUUCCGAGUCGGUCUUCUCUCUGCCCUCAGGAGCCGAAAGCUCAACGGCCAGGCCAUCGGUGUCAUGAUAACGGCCAGCCACAACCCUGCCAAGGACAAUGGUGUUAAGAUUGUCGACCCCAUGGGCGACAUGCUGGAGCAGGAGUGGGAGGUCUUUGCAACAGGGCUCGUCAACUGCCCUUCUCACGAGGUGCUCGCCGACACCUUCUUCAAGAUCGCUGAGAAGCUUAAGAUAGACCUCAAGUCACCUGGAAAGAUUGUGGCCGGGAGGGACACCCGUCCCUCGGGCAUCACCCUUAUGCAGUCGCUGAUCGAUGCCUCCAACGCCACCAACACCUCCAUUGUCGACUUCAAGGUCCUGACCACACCCCAGCUGCACUAUCUGACUCGAUGCAUCAACACCGAGGGAACUCCCUCCUCGUAUGGCGAAGUUAGCGAAGUUGGAUACUACAAGAAGCUCAACGAUGCUUUCCAGCGUUGCCUGCGUGGGAAGAGGGUAACUGGAUCUCUGACUGUUGACUGUGCCAAUGGCGUUGGUGGUCCGAAGCUGAAGGAGUUGCUCAAGCACGUUGACUCUUCAAAGACUGGACUCGACUGCAAGGUGGUCAAUGACGACGUACUCAGGCCCGAGGUCUUGAAUCUCGACUGCGGUGCCGACUACGUCAAGACCAGACAAAGAGCGCCGCCCAAUCCCAAGCCGCAACCUGGUGACAGAUGGUGCUCUCUGGAUGGUGAUGCUGACCGUUUAAUGUACUACUGGAUCGAUCCCGAGUCUGGCUUUUUCAUGUUUGACGGUGACCGCAUUGCCACCCUGGCAGCUUCAUUCAUCGCAGAUCUCUUCCGCACCGCCGGUCUCGACGAGGAUCUGCGCAUCGGCGUUGUCCAGACGGCUUAUGCCAAUGGUGCAAGCACCAAGUACAUCGAGAAGCACCUCCAGCUUCCCGUUGUCUGCACACCCACUGGCGUCAAGCAUUUGCACCAUGCAGCCUGCGCGUUCGACAUCGGCGUGUACUUUGAGGCCAACGGCCACGGCACCGUUCUCUUCUCGACGGAAGCUAUGCAAACCUUUGCCAAGAAGGAACCCCAGUCCCCCGCCCAGAAGGAUGCUCUGGACACCCUCCGAGCUCUCGGCGAUCUCAUCAACCAGACCGUCGGCGAUGCCAUCUCCGACAUGCUCAUGGUGGAAGUCAUCCUGGCGCAUAAGGGAUGGUCGCUCCGCGACUGGGCGGUGACGUACUCGGACCUGCCCAACCGACUGGUGCGCGUCGAAGUGGGCAACAAGGACCUGUUCCAGACGACUGACGCCGAGCGUAAGCUAUCGCACCCGGUGGGCAUCCAGGACGAAAUCGACCAGUGCGUCAAGAAAUACACUAAUGCUCGAUCGUUUGCGCGGGCCAGCGGCACUGAGAACGCCUGCCGGGUCUAUGCCGAGGCGCAGUCGCGUUCCGAGGCCGACGAGCUCGCCAACAAGGUCGCUGCUAUCGUCAAGAACUACGGCGGGGCGUAG